AUGACCACUAAACCAAAUAUUGGAGUUUUUACAAAUCCAAAGCAUGAGCUAUAUGUCACAGAAAUUGAUACCCCACAAGCCGCAGAUCUUAAUGAAGAUGAGGUAUUAGUCCAUGUCAAAUGCACAGGUAUCUGUGGUUCAGACAUCCACUUUCAAAAACAUGGGUGUAUUGGACCAACAAUGGUGGUCGAAGAUGAACAUAUUUUGGGACAUGAGUCAUCUGGGGAAGUUUUGGCAGUAGGAAACAAAGUUACCAAUUUAAAGCUGGGGGAUAAGGUUGCUCUUGAACCGGGUGUUCCAUGCAAAUCUUGUAAGGAAUGCUUAACGGGCAAAUAUAAUGGAUGUGAACAGGUUUUGUUCUCGUCGACUCCUCCUGUAGCAGGGUUUUUAAGAAGAUACAUCAAGCAUCCAGCUCAAUUUUGUCAUAAGAUCAAUUCUCUCACCUAUCAGCAAGGUGCUCUCUUGGAGCCACUUUCAGUUCUGUUUUGUGGUGUGAGACAUAUUGGCCUUCAGUUAGGACAAUCAGUACUUGUAUGUGGAGCUGGUCCUAUUGGUUUCGUGACAGCAAAAUGUGCGGAACUGGCUGGUGCAUUUCCUAUAGUUGUAACUGAUAUUGAACAGUCUAAGCUUGACUUCAUUAAGAAGGAAAUCCCAAGUGUCACCACUGUUCUUGUUGCUGGUUCUUUACAAGAAAAUUUGAAAAAGGUGACAACUGAUUUAGAGAACUUCGAUAUUGCAAUUGAUUGCACGGGUGUUGAAUCAUCACUCGAACUUGCCACACAUGCUCUUGAUUUCGGCGGUAAGUUGCAUAUCAUAGGGGUUGGUAAAGAGUUUCAAAAAUUUCCAUUCAUGAUCUUGUCUGUGAAGGAAAUCCAUGUAACUUUCCAAUAUAGGUAUGCCAAUACCUGGCCUACAGUUAUAAAAUUGAUGCAAGCUGGAAUCAUCAAUUUGGACAAAUUAAUUACCCAUUCAUUUCCUUUGGAGAAAGCUGAAGAUGCGUUUAAGUUAGCUGCUGACUCUAAGUCAGGGGCCAUGAAAAUUAUUAUAGAAGAUGCAUAA